UCUGCUCUUCAUCCUCUGUCACGACGCGAAGGACCCGGAAGACGAGUGUGUUCGCUCGUCAAUGCCAACGAGAGAGAGAGAGAGAGAGAGAGAAAGAGAGAGAGCUGAACGCCCGCAUUUAAGACAAGAUGGCAGGACUGCCCCGCAGGAUCAUCAAGGAAACUCAGCGUUUGAUGGCAGAGCCUGUCCCAGGCAUCAGGGCCGAGCCAGAUGAGAGUAACGCCCGCUACUUCCACGUGAUCAUAUGUGGACCUCAGGAUUCACCUUUUGAGGGGGGCACAUUUAAACUUGAACUCUUUCUACCAGAGGAGUAUCCCAUGGCAGCUCCUAAAGUGCGCUUCAUAACCAAAAUAUACCAUCCCAAUGUAGACAAGCUGGGAAGAAUAUGUCUAGACAUUUUGAAAGAUAAAUGGUCACCAGCGCUGCAGAUUCGCACGGUGCUGCUAUCAAUCCAGGCGUUACUAAGUGCGCCCAAUCCUGAUGAUCCCCUAGCAAAUGAUGUUGCAGAACAAUGGAAGUCCAGUGAAGCUGAAGCCAUAGAAAAAGCCAGGUCAUGGACCAGGCUCUACGCAGGAAGCAGAAAUGAAGUGUAGAGCAGCCUAACAACAAGUGGAGACACAAGUGGAAGUCAAGUGUGAACACCACAACUCAUGUUCUGCCAAGACCUCUUCCUACUUCAUUUGCAUUUAAAGGGCACCGUCUUACAUCAAUAUAAAACAUAAAUAUCUAUAAUAUAAAUACACAAACACACGCACACACUUAUUAAAGAAUAAACAUGAAUAUAAUGUAAAAGAAAAAACAAGAAAAACAACUGCUGACAACUGGUGAUUUAAAUGUACACUAGUAAUGAAAUGGCUUGUCUUUGUCCUAACCCACUACAGUUGAAAUGCAUGGGCGGAGGUUUUUGAUCUUCUCACCUGACUUUCUUUGUCCAUUGAUUUUUUGGGAGGCUUUUACCAACCUGUGCUUGAAAAAAGCAUGUUUAGUGGGGAAGAGGGUGUCCUCUGUCUGGGAUGGCGCAGAACGGGUUGAAGAGGAGAAAUUGGCUAGAUGUGGUCAAUAUGGUAAACAUUUUAUGCUUGUCCCUUUUUUUCCCUUUUUUUUUUUUAAGACUUUGUUUUAUCGUGGUGCUGUUUGUUUAUUAAAAGCAGCUAACUGCUACUAACCCACUGUAUGUAGACACUCACCUGGAGACGGACCAGAGUUUCAUCCUGUGAAGAUGCUGCAGCAGAACACAUAAGCAACUGUAGCCAUGCAUCGUCUCUUAAGUCACAUCUGGCUUUAUUUAAUACAAAAUAAUUAAAUCUGAGCCUGCCACAUUGACUCUCCACUCUGUAGACCUGGAUUUACUGUAAACUUGGGGCUGGUGAGAGAGAAUGUGGAGGGUUCGGUAGACAUUGUGGACCCUUUCUUAGUUUUAGCACAUAGUGUACGUUUUAUUACCAUAUUCAGUCUUUUACAUGUGAAACUUUGUUGCUAUUGCCAUUCUAACUACUCUGCUUGUUUCCCCACGUCAUCACAGUCUGAUUCUACAAGACUGUGCUUUACUUUUCUUCCAAUGGCAUUUACUUACACAGGGAUUACAUGUAAUCUGUUUGAUGACGUGAGUUGGGGUUGAGGGCGGGCGGGGGGGGGGCUGACCUGUGUGAGACAAAAUGCUGCGUAGUUGCGGGAUCAAACUCUAGAAGAUCAAUGAAGGCUGUGACUCGAUGGUCGUGGUUUGUCUUUGGCUAAAAAAAAAGUCUGUAUUCAAUUCACUGUUUGUAAAUUCAUUCUUUCUAUUAAUCUGGGGGAGGGAUGUUUUUCCUGCCCCUCAGAAUGCUAUGGAACUGUUCACCUGCAUACUUUUAUUUUCUGUAAAUAAAAUUUAUUGAUUAAUAAA